UUCAAGUUUGUGUUAUCGGGAUUUACUGUAUUUGUAUACAUUUUGUUUGAAUGAUGCACACUGUGGACAAAAAAGAUUUUCUAAUUCAUUAUUUCAUAUAUAUAUAAUUAAUUUUUAACAAAUGAUGCGAGUAAAAUGUUUUUUUAAAUUUUGGUGAUAAAAUUCUAUGGUUGUAUGUACAUAGCCUUAACAACAACCGCGCGCGAUAGGCACUGAAUCAGAAUUUACUUAUCUUUCUCCUUGCCGGUCGGUUCAUUACGACACUCAAACAAAAACAAUUACUAAUGACCUCAUAAAAUGUCGAAAAUGUCAAAAUAACAGAGACAUCUAAUGUUUUCAGAGACUUUUCAAGAACGCCUUUUACGCGGUACCUGGCCACUAGUGUAAAUUUCUGCGACAUCAAACCUGUAUAUUGCCUUUCAUCGCAUACAUCGGUAAACAAAACUUUUUUAAUUAUUUGCAAGAAUCUGAACUGAAGUAUUGUUUCCACUUUUCUAUAAACUUUGACUUGAUGCUUUUAAUUCUAGAUUCCUGCACCCUACUCAUUGCAGUUGCCGCAGGUUAUGGCUGGGGCUUUUCUGAUGCAGAUGGUUUGGUGAUGUCUGAUAGUAUUCUAGACUUCAUUGGUGAAUUGCGGCUACAAAACGAAAGUGAAUGGAACUCAGUUACAGAGGCCGUGAAGAAAAUUUUCUUGGAUAAGGUUCCCUGGAGAGCGUCUAGAGGUCUGAGCACGAGUAAUGCUGCGAUUUUCCAGUCAAGCGUCAGUCGAUUUGAGCUAGGAUCUGUUGCCUGGACGCCUACAGGGUUUCCUGCAGGUAUCACGCCUUGGACAGCGGCAUGGCAAAAUAGAUCGAAACCUUACCUGACUAUUCGUCUCAAAGAUGAAACAACUUCAACAUUUGAUUCAGUGGCAUACUCUACGUCUUUAGAAAAUACUUCGUUACAAGAAUAUUGCAGAUUGAUUAAGCGGUACAGAAAUGUGCUGUUCAAGACUGACGACACGAUAGACUAA